AUGACGGAGCAUGGCAUAAAGUGGGCUUGCGAAUAUUGUACUUACGAGAAUUGGCCGUCUGCUAUCAAGUGUACCAUGUGUCGUGCUCAGAGACCCAGUGGUGCCAUAAUCACAGAGGAGCCCUUCAAAAGCAGCAGCUCUAAUGUGGGUACCAUAGAGAGAAGUGGUGGAAGUCCCUUAAUUUGCCCAGAUUCCAGUGCCCGGCCACGUGUAAAGUCCUCAUUUACCGUGGAAAAUAGCAGUAAAUGGUCCUGUCACAUGUGCACCUACCUGAACUGGCCCAGGGCUAUCCGAUGCACUCAGUGUUUGUCACAGCGCAGGACACGUAGCCCAACAGAAUCUCCACAAUCCUCCGGAUCAGGGUUAAGGUCCAUACCUGGCCCUAUUGACCAAUGCGAGGAAUAUAAUGACCGCAAUAAACUGAACAUUAAAGGUCAACAUUGGACUUGUUCUGCUUGCACAUAUGAGAACUGUGCCAAAGCAAAGAAAUGUGUUGUGUGUGACCAUCCUACUCCAAACAACAUGGACGCUAUAGAGCUAGCAGACACAGAUGAAGCUUCCUCCAUUAUUAAUGAGCAGGACAGAGCUCGCUGGAGAGGUGGCUGUAGUAGUGGCAACAGCCAGCGCCGUUCUCCACCUAUGUCAAAGCGGGAUUCUGAGAUGGACUUCCAAAGAAUUGAACUGGCGGGGGCAGUGGGCAGCAAGGAUGAGCUGGAACUGGACCUCAAAAAGUUAAAGCAAAUCAAAAAUCGUAUGAGGAAGACUGACUGGCUGUUUCUGAAUGCGUGUGUGGGUGUGGUAGAGGGUGAUCUGUCAGCAGUGGAAGCAUAUAAGAACUCAGGAGGAGACAUUGCUCGCCAACUCUCAGCUGAUGAAGUUCGUCUUUUGAACCGUCCGUCAGCCUUUGAUGUGGGUUACACUCUGGUGCACCUAUCUAUCCGCUUCCAGAGGCAGGACAUGCUGGCCAUACUUCUGACCGAGGUGUCUCAGCAUGCAGCGAAAUGUAUCCCCGCCAUGGUGUGUCCUGAGCUUACUGAGCAGAUUAGGAGGGAGAUUGCAGCUUCCAUGCACCAGAGGAAAGGGGACUUUGCUUGUUACUUCCUCACAGAUCUGGUGACCUUCACGUUACCCCCGCUGAUAGAAGAUCUGCCACCCCCAGUCCAGGAGAAACUGUUUGAUGAAGUUUUGGAUCGGGAUGUGCAGAAAGAGUUAGAGGAAGAAUCUCCAAUCAUUAAUUGGUCACUGGAGCUGGGGACCCGUCUGGAUAGCAGACUUUAUGCACUUUGGAAUCGCACAGCAGGAGACUGCCUGCUGGACUCUGUACUACAAGCUACGUGGGGCAUCUAUGACAAAGACUCGGUGCUAAGAAAGGCUCUGCAUGACAGCCUCCACGACUGCUCCCACUGGUUUUACAGCCGCUGGAAGGAGUGGGAGUCUUGGUACUCGCAGAGUUUCGGGUUACACUUCUCUCUAAGAGAGGAACAGUGGCAGGAAGACUGGGCUUUUAUUCUGUCACUCGCGAGCCAGCCAGGGGCCAGCCUGGAACAGACGCACAUCUUCGUUCUUGCGCAUAUUCUUAGGAGACCAAUCAUAGUGUACGGAGUGAAAUAUUAUAAGAGCUUCCGUGGGGAGACGCUGGGGUACACUCGUUUUCAAGGAGUGUACCUGCCACUUUUAUGGGAGCAAAGCUUCUGCUGGAAAAGCCCGAUUGCCUUGGGCUACACGCGGGGUCAUUUCUCUGCCCUGGUAGCCAUGGAGAACGAUGGAUAUGACAAUCGUGGGGCUGGUGCAAAUCUAAACACAGAUGAUGAUGUAACAGUUACGUUUCUGCCAUUGGUGGACAGCGAAAGGAAGCUCCUGCACAUUCACUUCCUGUCUGCACAAGAGCUUGGAAAUGAGGACCAACAGGAGAAGCUUUUACGGGAAUGGUUGGACUGUUGCGUGACAGAAGGCGGUGUCCUGGUAGCCAUGCAAAAAAGCUCCCGCCGUCGUAACCACCCACUAGUGACACAAAUGGUGGAAAAAUGGUUGGAUGGUUAUCGUCAGAUUCGCCCAUGUACAGCGCUGUCUGACGGUGAGGAGGAUGAGGAAGAUGAGGAUGAGUGA